ACUGACAAUAGUAUAAAAAGUGAAACAUAUUAUUGUUUGCUAACAAAAUCAAUCGACAAACAUAACAGAAUUAUCACAAAAAGAGUCAAAAUGACUCAAUUGACCAUAACUUGUUUAUUUUUGAGUGUAUUCGCAGUUCUUUUGCUACCAAGUUCUGGUGCUUCCAACCCUCCCCACGAACAUGAAGGAUGCAAGCCUUGUUGUCCUGUUUCCACCUGUCAAGUGAGAGUGCCUCCACCCUGUAGUAAAUUAUGUAAUAAUGACUUAUGUAUUCAUGCAUCUUUAUGUGAUACAGGGUACAUAAGAGAUACUAAGAGUGGAAGAUGUGUACUUCCUGAAGAUUGUCCAUAAAUUACCGAGAAAUAUGAAGUUAUACCUACUUUAUACCUACAAAAUAAAUAUACUUUUAAAAAAAUUAAA